CAUACUGAAAAAUACAUACAAGAUACAUAAUAUACAUAAAAUAUCAAAUUAUUUAAUAAACUGAGUCUACCAUGGUCCAGUGAACUCGCAACUAUAUAUUGAAGUACAUCACUGAGAGAACAAUCCUCGGGAAUAGAAUACUUACCGCUGAACACCUCUCCUUGUACCUCGUCUGCGCAACCACGCAAGAAGAAGAAUAGAAUAUCGAUAUUUUGUUACUGAAACAGUUUUAUUUCAUCCAGUUGGUAAAUUUUUGUUGUUUUUGUGAGUCGGAGGACGAAAAAAUUAUCAAUGAACUACAGUUUUUAUUAUAUUCUUGUCUGAUUAAUUUUGUAGGGUUGAAUGCUGAAAAGGCUUCAUCAGAAUAUUUCCAUGCCAAAAAUUUUAUUUUUGUCUUAUAUAACACGUAAAGUAUUGUAGCUGGCUUUCAAUAUCUGAAUAAACUAAUCGGCCCCCACCAAUAGUAUCUUUUUAAUGUAAUUGUUUUGAAAAACAAAUAUAUCUUUGACAAAUAAUAUCCUAAUCGGCAUUUUUAAUUAUUUACAUAUACUUAGGUUUAAUUAAAGAUAUUAAGAUAAAAUUUAUUCGAGUUAUCAAUCAUUCAUUUGUCGUUGACUUGAUAAUUUAUUCAGUCAUUUGCAUCAGUGUAGCCCCAAAAAAAUGUUGUUCAAAUUGUUUAUAUUUUUCUUUUUGAGUUCCCAAACGUUAGCCAAAAAUGAAUUAUAUUCAGGAUACAAGGUGUACAAUAUAAAAUUUGGAACAGAAGAACAAGAAAAUAAUUUUAAGUUAUUGAAACGAGAUGGCUUAGAUUUCUGGAGAUACCCAUCUUGGGAACGGAAUGUCAUUGGUCGUGUUAUGGUAGCCACAUCGCACGUGGAAUGGUUUGAAAGAAAACUAAGAGAUAUGAAUAUUGAUGUAAAUGUCCAUAUUGAAGAUGUUUUAGAAUACCUUUCAGAAAAAGAUGGAACAAUCGAAGUUGUCGAGAGAAACAGAGCGUUUGAUUUUGACAAUUUUUAUCGAUACGAUGAGAUCCUAAAUCAUUUACAAGAGUUGGAGUCGAAAUAUAUGAAUUCUGAUAACGCCACAUCAGUAGAAAUAGUUGAUUUUGGCACUACCAACCAAAAUAGAAGGCUGGUAUAUUUAAAAAUAGAGAGAAGAGAACAAGAUAUAUCUAAACCAGUUAUUAUAAUUGAGGCUGGCAUCAAUCCAAGAGAAUGGAUAACAGUGCCAUCUGCAAUAAAUGUGAUUGAAAACAUUUUAAAUGAAGAUCAACCAAGGUUUUUGAAUGAUUUUGAUUGGAUUGUUAUACCAGUUUUAAAUCCUGAUGGUUAUGAAUAUACACACACAAAUUUACGUCUCUGGGAGAAAUCAAGAAGUACAAACAGCAACUUAGGGGUAAUUUGCCCUGGAGUGAACAUUAACAGGAAUUUCGAUAUUGACUGGGGUACUUCUGCGUCCAGCUCAAGUCCUUGUAGCAAUAUUUAUAGUGGCACUGGUCCUUUCUCGGAAAUCGAAAGCCAAAUGAUAGCAGCUCUAAUUGAAGAACACGGUGCAAGAAUAAGACUUUAUAUAUCACUGCAAAAUAAUGGUGGAUUUAUAUCUUACCCGUGGUAUUAUGAAAAAGCAGCGACAGCGAUGUUUAGAGAUAAUCAUUUGCUUGGUAUAGAAAUGGUUGAUGCUAUGGUUAGUAAUUAUACUCUGGGUGUGGCUUCGGUUGUUGCUGAUAGAAUUUCAGGUACAAGCAGUGAUUUUGCUCGAAUAAGAGGAGUGAGGAAUACAUUCAAUAUAGAUAUAGAACAUAGUGAAGAUGGAAAUGUAGUGAUAUCUACAAGCGAUAUAAAGAGAAUUGUGGAUGAUGUUUGGGCAGCUAUUAGAGUUGCCGCUGAAAAUGUUACAGACUGAUUAAAAAAGUAAUAAAUAUUUCUGCUUUUAAUUAUAGUGAUUUUGGUAUGA